AUGAAAUGGAGAAUUGGGAAUGGAGAGAGUAUUCGCAUUGAGGAGAACUGGAAACAAGAGGUGAACAAUCCCUUGAGAGACGAUCCUCUUUUUCAUGGGCCGCUCAACAUAAAAGUCAAGGACCUCUGGGAUCAAAAUAGAGCUUGGAGAGUUCCUCUUUUAGAGGUAAUGUUUUCGCAAUCUACAAUUCAUAAAAUCAUGUCAAUUUACUUGUCUUCUAGUCAACAAUCAAGAGAGGAUGUAAAAGUCUGGGCACCUAUGACUACUGGAGUAUACUCAGUCAAGAGUGGCUAUUACAAAGCCUGCAAUACAGCAGACCCACACUUAGCCUCGGGGAGGUCAAAAGAGGCAUGGAAAAAGUUGUGGUCCUUAAGUCUGCAUGGGAAACUGCAAUGGUUUAUAUGGCGUGUUGCAAACAAUGUGGUGCCCUCCCUAAAAAAUUUAGAUCAUCGCGGUUUAGAGGUCCAGACACUUUGUAAAAGCUGUGAAAGUGGAGAAGAAGAUCUUCAUCAUAUAUUCCUUGACUGCAUUGCCGCAAGAAAGGCAAAUACACAAAUCUUAGAAGCUCACUACAUAGUUAGAACAGAUGGGGCUUUUAAGAAACUUGGAAAACAAGGGGCAGGAGCUUGGGAGUUAUUUGAUAGCAAUGGUAAUUUGCUCACCGCUGGAAGUGACACAUUUCAUGCUCUAACUGCACUACAGGCUGAAGCAACCGCAAGCCUAAGAGGUAUCAAGGAGGCACAACGCUGA